UUAAAAGAGUGAAGACACGUUACAAUAUUAUUUGUAUUUAUUAAUGUUGUGUGCUUGAGUCUCCUUGGCUAUAUGCCCAAAUAAAUGAUCUUGUCCUGUCAGGAACAUUUUGUUCUCUUCCUUUAUUUUCAUUAGUGUUACACACGUCCCUCCUCUGUCACUUCCUUUAUUCACCUGCUGCUCUUUAACAGGAAACAUCUUUAAAAAUGCAUUUUCGACGCUUAUUGGCGUAAUUUGAGUUUCGAAGCUUUAUUUCGAUGUAGGAAUAGACCCCCUAGGCUGUAUAAAUAAGUUUAUUACAUUUGUUUUUAAUCACGACAGAUUUAAUCAUGCACGGAUGGCUCAAAACUUUGUUCAUCGUCAUUCUUUUCAUGGGCUUCCUUUUCGCUUUAUUUUAUAUUGAGGGAGAUUUUUUGGAGUAAAAGUUCACCACGGAUAAUGAGUUUCUCAAGAUUCUCAAAUUGCAAACAUGACCCAGAGAUCCAAGACUUUCCCAAACCAAAUAUCGGGCCUUUUCGCAAUGAGAAUGCAACACCCUGUACCUGCCAAGACACUGAGCCAGCAAACCAGUAUGUGUCAAAAGAUGAGCUGGAAGACCUGCAGAAACGCCGGGCAGAAGAGUUCAGACAACACCAGAUCAGAUCAGGGAAGGAAAAUGAUGUUCUUAUUCUCGCCCCCGCCAACACCCCCCUCCAGUAUCCGAUAAGAGGAUUCAGAGUGACUCCCAUGAAUAAAACACUCAUUCCUGGUCUAGCACUGCAAACACAAAAGAGAGCAGUUUAUAAGGUAUCUCUAAGGGUGCAGAAAGGAGUGCUCUCAGUGCUGAAUGUUCAGGAGGGAGAGAAGGUGGAUGGCCAGAAUGAGAAAUAUCUGAGCGUUUCAUCCAGCAGCCUCCAACAGCUCAAUGACCUGCUGAGCAGACUGACCUACACCAGCACCAUCUACCACAUCAAGACCGAAGACCUCGCUCACUUCACUUUUGAGAACCAUGAAGUUAUAUUCCCAAUUGAGAUAAGACGUUCGUCAGUUCCUGUUCUGUUUGACCCGGGAAAAGAUGUAAACUCUCAGGUGACUGUACUAGUUAAAGCAUUUUUGCGAUACAAAGAGCUAAACGUCCUCAUCAACAGUAUCCGUUGGAACUACCCAAAAAUAAAGAUCAUUGUUGCGGAUGACAGUCUGAACCCAGAGAAGGUGGUCGGUGAUAAUAUAGAGCACUACAUAAUGCCCCCGGCACAGGGCUGGUUCGCAGGCAGAAAUCUGGCGGUGUCGCAGGUCACCACUAAGUAUUUUCUGUGGGUGGAUGACGACUUUGUGUUUCUGAAUGAGACACGUAUUGAGAGCUUUGUAAACAUUAUGGAAGCCGUUCCUGAACUAGAUGUGAUUGGUGGUCAGGUAGAAAGUAAUCGGUUUUCCUUUAAGUUGCAAUACGAGGAAGGGAGCAGUGAGGAAGGCGGCUGUAUCACACGUGUCAGUAGUACCCACGCGCCCCUGCCGGGUUUCGACAGCUGCUUCUUUGCAGAUGGAGUCGUCAACUACUUCCUGGGCCGGACAGAGGCUGUGCGGAGGGUCGGUUUUGACCCAUUCCUCAAAAGAGUGGCCCACACUGAACUCUUCAUUGACGGACUUGGAGAUUUAUUAGUUGUCACCUGCGAAGGUCUCAGUAUUGGUCAUCAAAAACGCAGUCCUACAAACACGUAUGAUUCGUACAGGUAUCCUCCCCAAAGGGACUCAGAGGCGAAAAUGGCGCACCAUUUUUUCAAGAACCAUCUGAAAUGCAUCAAAUACUAAGGAGAAUCUUGGGUGAAAUAUGCCAUUCUUCAAACCUUAUUAAUCAUUGGAUUUUAUAUUUACUCUACAAAUCAAGUGUUUGGAUCAACUCAUUCAUAUGAAAGCUUGUUUUUGCCAUUAAAUAACUAAGUUUAACAACUUCCACAGAAUAAAUAAUUGUGAUUUUUA